CGGUCGGAAGGGGUUGUUGAUAUGGCGGCCGUAGCUCUGCCUCCGUUGUUCUCUAAGGAAUUCAUUGUUCUUAUAAAAGAAAGACAAAAGUAGCUAAGAAAAACCUCAGUAAAUUUUCGGACUCUAAUGAAGUGAAACUCUUAGGAUGGAUACUAAUGAUCAGGAAACUCUUCUCCAAGCAGGUUCAACCAUCUCUGAACUCGGAAUAAAUGAAAUGGAUUCAAUAUCGAAUUUGGUCCAGGAUAUUGAUGAACGAGAAGAGAGAUUUAGAAAAUUGGAAAAUAGGAUAUCUGAUUACAAUGAAAAUCAGUCAAGAACUUGUUUCAGAGAGACAAGAUCAUAUACUAGAUUGUUUAGUCAAUUCCAUAGUGAGGGGCGGUAUAGUGGGUGGCUAAUGAUGUCCAACCAUAGUGAUGUGUCGAAUGAAAGGUGGUCACGAGGAAACAACAGGUGGGGGAGUUCUAAUUGGCCGUCAAGAUAUAGAGAUGGUUAUGUGCCAAAUACAGACUGGUUAAGUCAAAACUCCAGACGUGGAACAUACAUGAGUGAUAGGGCUUUUGAUUCCAAACCGACAGAUAGAUAUGAGUAUGACAGACAGUAUAGAGUAGAAAAUACAUCUUGGUCAAAUGAAGGCUAUAGAAAUGGAAGAUAUUGGAGUAAUGCUACUUGGUCAAAUGGUUGGCAUAGACAUCAAAUAUACGGAAGUCAUAAAACUGAAGAUCCAACCUGGCAUGAAAGUUAUGGAAACCAUAGAGUUGAAGAUAUGAGCUGGCAUAAUGAAAGAAAUAGGCAGGGAAGAUAUGGCAGCCUUAGAGUUCACAGGCCGGGUUGGGCCAAUGCACAUUACAGACAAGGAAAAACUUUUAGUGAUAGAGGUGAAAAUAUGAGCUUGUGUAUGGAAUCUUACAGAGUGGGCAGACAUUGGAACCGCCCAUAUUCUACUAGAAGAAGAGCCAGUAGUUAUAUUGAAAGAUUUAUUGCAAUGCUCUUAUUGAAAGAUAGAGAAAAUGUCAAAUUUUCAGUUUUAUUGCCUUUGGCUGAAACAUCAAACUUAGCAGUUAAUUUGCAUGAGUACAGAAAUAUUGUCUUGUUACCUGCUAGCAAAUCUCAGUUUUCUUCUAGACAGCCUGUUUCUGGAGAAGCAGCCGCCGAGGGUAUGCAUAUCGUAAAGCCCAUUUCCAAUGGAAGUGUUCAUUCUGAUUUGACAACAAAUGAUGACACUUUCAGCAAGAAGAUUGGUAGUGGUAGUUGUAACAUUGACGGUAAAAGUGAACUAGAGACUGAAAGGUCUUCUGAACUGGGAAACAGUGAUUGUAAGACAAUCUCUAGUUUCUUGAAGGAGGAGAUGUCUGUUAUGGGUGAAAGGUUUGAAAAUGAGCAAGGGCAGGCACUGGAGAAGCGUGUCUCCCAAAGUGUGGAAGAUAAUAAUUUGUCAUUACUUGGAAUCUUGAGCAAAGAAAAUCCUUGUGCAACCUUAGAGGCAGAUACAUAUUCUUGCAUGGCUGAUAAACCCUUGGAUGUUUUGCAUCCUUUUCCAGAAAGACCACUAGCCAUUAAUUCAAGGAGAAAACUGUUGAUCCUAGACAUAAAUGGUCUUCUGGCUGACAUAAUUUCUCCUCCGCCCAAGGAGUGUAAACCAGAUACUUGCAUAUUAAGAAGGGCAAUUUUCAAGAGACCAUUCUGCUAUGAUUUUCUGAAGUUCUGCUUUGAGAGAUUUCACGUGGGCAUUUGGUCUUCAAGAGCUAAGAAAAUCAUAGAUAGAGUGGUUGACUAUUUAUUGGGCAGUCUGAAAAGUAAACUGGUACUUUGUUGGGAUCUUUCCCAUUGCACCUCAACAAAAUUCAGGACACUUGAAAACAGGCAUAAGUGCGUGGUUUUUAAGGAACUGAAGAAAAUAUGGGAAUAUGAUGACCCUAGUCUACCCUGGAAGGAAGGCGAGUACAAUGCAUCAAACACUUUAUUGCUUGAUGAUUCUCCUUACAAGGCUUUGCUUAAUCCAAUGCAUUCUGCAAUCUUCCCCAAAUCUUACAGUUUCAAGGAUAUUGAUGAUAAUUCAUUAGGUCCUGAAGGUGAUCUUCGAGUUUAUUUGGAAAACCUAGCAGCAGCGGAUGAUAUUCAGAAGUACAUUGAACAGCAACCAAUGGGGCAAAAGGCAAUUGAGGAGACAGACUGUAAUUGGUCCUUCUAUAGUAAGGUUGUCUCAAGUGUAGCAGCAUCCACAAAAAAUGAAAGUGAAUCUUCUUGCAUGCCUUUGAACACAACUGAAGUCAUGCCGCCUGAUGGGGGGUCCAUGACAAUCUAUUAAUGGCGUGCUUGGUUCAACUGUGGCUUGGGUCCCCUUGGGUCAGUGUCGCAAUCACUCUUAAUUUUUGGUAAUUGACCAUAAUCUAGGGUAAGUUUGAUUUCAGAUUAUUAUCUUAAAGAAGAUUGUUGGUAGUUUGUUUAGUUUGUUAAUUAAUCUGUCAUAUAUAUUGGAAGUUUGUAUGUUUCUACGGCCAUUACUAUCACU